AUGCCUGCUUCAGAACCACCAUCGAAGCGGCGGAGGGUGCACGAUCAGAGCCUCAAUUCCACACCUCGGGACAGCUCAUCCGAAGAGGCUGUUCCCGGCUCCCCGCCCGAAACAACCCGCCUUACCGACCAAAAUAUCUCUAUCCGACGGGGCCCUCCGAGUAGCCCGCUACUGAGUGAGAACAAGCACCAAAGCCCAAACCCAAAUCCCGGCGAUCACAGGAGACGGUACCGUUCUUCGGAAUCGACUUCUCGGUCAAGAUCUCGUUCCCAGUCCAGUGCUCGAUCCCGAUCACGUUCAAUCCUGCGCUCCCGCUCUCGCAGUGCCCCAUACUCCCAUUCACGCUCGCGCUCUGGAUCUCGGAGCCGCAGCGCUUCUCACCCUCGAAGCAGAAGUCCGGACUUGUCUUCGUCCACCACCCCUCACCCCACGAGCCACGCCGAACCCGACCACCACCACCACCACCGACGUGGCAAACUACCCCUACUUCCCAACUACCGCUCACACCUUCUCCUACAAGGCCACACCGCCGCUAUAUCGCAAGUGCGGAUCUCGCCUGACGGCCGCUGGAUCGCGUCGGCCUCCGCCGACGGCACUGCUAAAAUAUGGGACGCUUCUACUGGGGUACACUUGGAAACACUCGUCGGUCACAUGGCUGGCGUUUCAUGUCUUGCCUGGGCGCCGGACAGCGACACUCUGGCCACGGGAUCUGACGAUAAAGCUAUCCGGCUUUGGGAUCGGGUAACGGGAAGUCCCGCACACGACGUCGCGCACCGGGAUAAUUCGAGCGAAGGGAUGGGAAGUGUGGUGAUGAAGGGUGUGGCAAUGAGGGCGGCAGCGCGGCGGGCGCGGAUCGGCGUUCCUGGCGAGGGGGUGAGAGGCGGGAGAACCGGCCGGGGUCCGUUACUGGGCCACCACAAUUAUGUGUACUCUCUCGCGUUCUCGCCCAAGGGAAAUAUCUUGGUGAGCGGGAGCUACGAUGAGGCAGUUUUCCUGUGGGACGUGCGGGCAGGCCGGUUGAUGCGCAGUCUGCCAGCGCAUAGCGACCCAGUCAGCGGAGUGGGCUUCUGCAGGGAUGGAACCUUGGUGGUGAGUUGUUCCACCGAUGGGUUGAUCCGUGUCUGGGACACCUCCACCGGCCAGUGCCUACGCACCCUUGUCCACGAAGACAAUCCCGCCGUCGCCAAUGUUUGCUUCAGCCCCAACGGCCGAUUCGUACUCGCUUUCAGCCUCGACAGCUCUAUACGGUUAUGGGACUACGUUUCGGGUUCCGUCAAGAAGACAUAUCAAGGCCACACAAACAAGGGGUUUUCGAUCGGUGGGUGCUUUGGACUACUCACAGAUGAAGAUGAUGGGAUGAGAGAGGAAUUACCGGACGAGGAAAUAGGCUCUCGACAACGACCUUUUAUAGCUUCGGCUAGCGAGGAGGGUGAUAUAGUUAUGUGGGACGUCAAAAGCAAGGAGGUGAUACAACGAAUCAAGGGCGUACACCAAGGAGUCUGUUUCUGUGUUGAUAUUCACGGGACGACCAUGGUAAGCGCAGGCCAAGACGGAUUGAUAAAACUGUUUAAGCACCGGCCUAGAAACGACCAUCCUAAGCGAGAGGAUAGUGAAGCGAACGCGAUGGGCGACACCGACGCACGCCUGGGGGAUGCUCCAGAUCCUACGACCGCAGAUGAGGAGUUGCAACGGCAGGUGGAGGCCGAGGCGGAGUCACCAGGACAGCGUGUCAAGGAGGAGCAGGUGUGA